AUGAAGUUCUCCAUCCUCACCGCUACCGCCCUCGCCUCGACGGCUCUCGCCCAGACCUUCCAGCGUCUGGGUGGCUGUCCCCAGCUUGGAUGCAUCUUCCCGCCAGACAAGGCCGAAUUUCUGUCUGGACAGUACUUCGACAUCCGUCUCGAGGUGCACUCGCCCGUCAAUGGAUCUGAGGCCCGUGUUGGAGACCCGGAUGAGAAGUUCACCUUCACCAUCGAGCGCAAGGGACGAGGACACCAGCAGCCCGAGCCUGCCACCAAGUUCUUCAAGACCCAGGAGCCCAAGCUCGAGAAGUGGCAGUUCUCCUGGUACGAGGAUCUCUUUGCCAAAGACGCAAAGAAGCCCUCCGUCGUCAAUGUCGCCUCCAAGGCCUACCGUCGCGUCAGCCUCGACCGCCCCGGUAUGUACGAGGCCGUUCUCACCUAUUACAAUGGCAAGAAGACCACUGCUACCUGGGAGGUCAAGGAGCUGCGCACCCGCCGUCGUGCUAAGAAUGUCAUCCUCUUUAUCGGCGAUGGCAUGACCACCAACAUGAUCACUGCUGCUCGUCUCAUGGCUCAUCAGUCUAUCAACGGCAAGUACCAGACCAAGAUGCAGAUGGACCAGUUCCCCAUCCUCGGCCACCAGAUGACCCAUUCCAUGGACUCCUUCAUCACUGACUCCGCCAACUCUGCUACUGCCCUGUAUUCCGGCCACAAGUCGACCGUCAACGCAUUGAACGUCUACCGUGAUUCCUCCAAGUCUCCCUUUGAUGACCCCAAGUUCGAGACCAUCGCCGAGAUCUUCCGCCGUGUCUACCCCGGCGCCGGCGUUGGCAUCGUCUCUACCGCUCACUUGUCUGACGCCACACCAGCUGCCCUGACCUCCCACACCAGUGACCGUGGCCAGGCCGCUCACGUCAUUGACACCUACUACCACGGCCUUUCCAACUGGACCUGGACUCACUGGGAUGGCCCAGAUGUUCUCUUUGGUGGUGGUGCCGAGGACUUCUUGCCCAAUGAUGACAACAAAAAGCAAAAUUACUAUGAGAUGUUCCAGAAGAAGGGAUACUCUCUCUCGUGGAACGCAACCGCUCUCGCUCACGCCUCCAACGAUGACCGUGCCCUUGGUGUCUUCUCCACCAGCGUCAUGGCGAAGUGGCUCGAUCGUAACGUAUAUAAGGACAACCUUAAGAACAAGAAGAACUACCCCGACGGUUCUAGCAAGGACGCCGAUGACCAACCCGGUCUCAAGGAGAUGACCCUCAAGGCCAUCGACAUUCUUCACACCCGUAACCGCAACAACCGUGAGAGCCGUGGCAAAGGCUUCUUCCUCAUGUCCGAGGCUGCCAGCAUCGACAAGCAGAUGCACACUAUGGACUAUGACCGUGCUCUCGGUGAGCUUCUCGAGCUUGACGACACCAUUCGUGCCACCAUCGCCAAGCUCCGUGCCUUAGGUGAAUUGGACGAUACUCUCAUCGUCGUCACCGCUGACCACGGCCACGGCUUCGAUGUCACCGGUUCCGUCGACACCAAGUAUCUCGCUGAACAGAAAGGUGACCGCGAGAAGCGUAAUGCUAUCGGCACCUACUUCAACUCUGGUCUCUCCCAGUACACUGUUCAAAAGCAGGGUUCGCUCCAAUACUCUGAGGGCGUCCACUUCCCCGCCCAGUGGGAUCCCCGAUACACCCUCCAUAGCGGCCUCGGCGCCCACCCCGACAAGCGCGAGAACUACCAGGUUCACAAGGAUGGCCCUCGUCUCCCAGCCACUGCCGUCCGUGGCUCCAAUGACUACUAUGUCAACUACAAGGAUGCAGUUAGCGGUUUCAUCGUCAACGGUACCAUUGCUCCUGAUGAGGGUCAGGGCGUUCACUCGCUCACUGACGUCCCUGUUUUCGCAAUGGGACCAUGCCAGGAAGACUUUGGCGGUGUCUACAACUCCGUCGACAUCUUCUUCCGCAUGGCCCAGUGCCUUGGUCUCAGCAAGACCAGAUGGUAA